AUCUUCACACAACUGGAACAGCAAUUUCUCCAUUCCCAACUGGUAGCUACCUCGAGUGAUCCAGCUAGCUAACGAACGCUUCACAUUGAAAAAACUGUAUUUUGAGAGUUCUGGGUUGAUGUUCCAUAUCCACUUUCCUACUAGUAGAACCUCCGUUUGGUAAAAUUCGAAGAAUAAUAUAGAUUAUUUUAAUUCUACUGCACAAAACAAGUGCAAAGUUAAUAGCUACAUUUAAGCUAAUUUGCUAGCAUUGCUAGUUAGGAAAGCUAACGUUAAAGUAUUUUGUUUUCUGAGAUUUGGCUAAAAGGGCGGGUAUUCUUUUUGUUUUUGCCAUCCCUCCAUCGCAGCCACUAACAGCGAAUUAUUGCUCAUUAGAAGAGUAGUAAAUCAUAGCUAGCGUGCUCGUUAGCUUGAUAAUAUCGUGCGUAUUCAGCCAGGAAGCCAAUUCAAGGCCUUGCUUACCACAAGUCUUUGCAUCGUCGUGCAGUGAGAGCUGACAGCUUACUUGGUGACAAAGAGACUUCUCCCUGAGGAGCCAAGAAGUAGACGGCUCAUGACUUCUGACCAGGAUACAAAAGUUGUAGCUGAACCACAGGUGCAGCAAGUACAAGAAGCAAAAGAGAGCUCUCAUCUGGAAUCUGCCAAGUUUUCUGACCUGAACCCCAAUGCGAAAGCAUGGGCCAAUCACAUGCUUAACCUGGACACCGCCACUGCGACUGGGACUGCGAACACACCUGCUCUCCAGCCAUGGAAGGAUGGCUGCGAUAGCAGCUCGGCUGACCCUGGGCCAGAAGGCUAUGAAGCCAGCAAAGGCAAAGUGUUUGAGGAGCCCCUGUUGGCCGACCCAGAUGAGCCUCCGCCGGUGAUGAUGGCAGAGCCAGCCCCCAUGGCCGCCACCGUCACCCUGGAGGGCUCCGACCCUGCUGCAUACCCAGAGUCUGGCCAGGAGGCAACUCACACAGGCAGUGAGCUCCAGCAGGAGAGCCGUCAGGAGGACCUCCGGGAACACCUGAAGAAGACCCUGGAGUUCUGUCUGUCCCGGGAGAACCUGGCCAGCGACAUGUACCUUAUCUCUCAGAUGGAUAGUGACCAGUAUGUGCCAAUCGUGACGGUAGCUAACCUGGACCACGUCAAGAAACUCAGCACGGACGUGGAGUUAAUCGUUGAUAUCCUACGAUCUCUGCCGUUGGUCCAGGUAGAUGAGAAGGGGGAGAAGGUGAGACCCAACCAGAACCGCUGCAUCGUCAUCCUCAGAGAGGUCCCUGAGAGCACUCCUAUAGAGGAGGUCGAGGCUCUUUUUAAAGGAAAGAACUUACCUAAAUUCAUAAAUUCUGAGUUUGCCUACAACGACAACUGGUUCAUCACCUUUGAAUCAGAAGCAGAUGCACAACAGGCAUAUCAGUAUCUUCGUGAAGAAGUGAAAACCUUCCAAGGGAAACCUAUUAAGGCACGGAUAAAGGCGAAGGCAAUUGCUAUCAACACUUUUAUGCCAAAGAAUGGCUACCGCCCGGUGGAGGUAAACCCAUAUGCUCAACAGCAGCAGCAGCAGCAGCAGCAACAACAGCGUUACACCUCCUACUACAUUCCUCCAGUGUACAGCCCUCAGCAGCAGUUCCCCCUCUACAGCCUCAUCACUCCACAGGCCUGGUCAGCCACCCACAGCUUCAUAGACCCGUCACUGGUUACAUCAUUUCACAACACCCAAUUCAUCAAUGGAUUUACAACAUCCCAUAGUUUUAAACCAGCGACGUCUCCUCUUGCUGGUGUUAGGCACUACUCUCCCAGGAAUAGGAAUCACACUCACAGUAAACCUCACCUGAGGCCCACAAUACCCAACGCAGAUCAGCGUGGCACAGGGCUCCUGGACAGCCCCACCAUCUUCAACUUCCCCACAGAGCGCAUUCUGAACGGGGUGCCCCGGGUUUCCCCCCAGACAACGCGGCUCCCGAGCCAGAACAGAACCAGGUUACCCCCCUCCACCAUGACCUACCCCAGGAGGGACAUCGGUACGGGUCGGGUGGAGCCCGUCAGCACCGACUACUCAYUGGGCAUGGGCCGGGGAAGGACAAAUAUUUAUGGUUCUAGGAAAAAGAGGGAUGACAACAAGUUUACAAGAGUGGCCACCCAGUCACCCCCUCAGAAGCCCCCGUCCCCCAGCUUUGAGCUGGGGCUCUCCAGCUUCCCCCCACUGCCUGGGGCCGCAGGCCACCUCAAGACCCCUGACAACAUGUUUGAGAACAGACURGCCAGCAUGGUAAUAGGGGCCACAAAGGUCAGGAAUGUAAGYGUUGAUGCCAGCGCUGCAGGCGCCCUCCUCCCCUCAGGAGGACCCAAGGAGCCACUGAGGACUUUCACGUCUCCACAGCCCCCGAGCCUCCUGCCCGCUGCUCCCCCAGCCCUGACCCUAGCACCAGCCUCUGGCCCUGCCCCUGUCCCCACUCCCUCCCAACCCGCAGAGGAAGUGAAAGUUCCGGAGGCGAAGCAGAAGGAGACCCGGGUCUCUGCGGAGCUGGUCACUGACACCCUGUACACCGCUAGCAAAUCUGUUCAAGUCAAUGGGGCYGCUACAGAACUGCGAAAGCCCUCUUACGCUGAGAUCUGCCAGAGGAUUAAAGACCACGCUCCGACACUACAGGCCCCUAAAGAGGCCAAGCCAGCCAGCAGCGCUGCCUCUGCAGGAGAAGAGAGGAAGUGCCCUGACGCAGCUCCAGGGGACAGGGGCGAGCCUAAGGCCCCCCGAGAGACAUACCCAGGCUCYUCCAAGCCUGCUAACCCAGGMAGACCCCGAGAGGUCCGGAGACCAACCGGCCGGUGGCCCUCACCACCUCCACACCACCCAGGGAAGGGUCCCAGCAGCAAAGAUCUCAACACCCCCCCAAAGUACCUGCAGUAACCCCCAACUGCAAUAAAGUCAAUUUCAAAACAAAUGUGUGAGAGGAAAAAAAUCUGGAAAAGGUCAGGGCUAUUGAAACAAAACCUAUCCCAAAAUCAUCAGUCAGCCACAGCAUAGAGAGGACGCGUUUCUGGAUCAGGGCUUACUGACAAUAGCACCUCGGUGUGCAUGUAGAGAACCGUUCAUCUUUACUUAUUUAUUUUUUGGGAGGUUUAUUUGAUUUUGAUUUUUUUUGCAUUAUUUUGUGUCAAUCAGUCAAAUGUACUCUUGUUCAGAUUAGUGGGAUAAAUUCAUAUGUCCAAACUGCCUUCCAAGAUAAUAUUGUGAGAGUAGGUAGACUGGAAGCCACCCAGUGAGUGAAUGAAAGGAAGUGGAUGAGUAACGGAAUAGCRGUUUAGAUCUUGUUAGUUGUGGGGGGUGUUUCUGUAUGUUGUAUGCAGUCCUAAGAUGUAAUGUGAUUCCGCUGCAGGAUGAGAUGAUCAGUCAGUCAUGAGAUUGGCGUCCCAAAUGACACCCUAUUCCCUGAGUAGCGUACUACUCUCGGUCAAAAGUAGUGCACGACAUACGGAAUAAGGCGCCGUAUGGGACGCAGCCAUAAUUGUUUUUACAUAUUUACGUUCAUAUGCAAGGUCAACUAGUCUAGUGUCAAUUUAGACUUCACUGAAAUCCACAGAAGCCCUACUUUCUGAGUGAUUUCUGAGAUUCUUUUUGCCAACACGGAACUCUUUGUCAUUGUAACACCAGCAUAUGAGGAGAAUACAUUUAUUUGCAUACUGGUUUUGAUUGUUGGUACAAGUACCUCUAGUUGUUGCGUGCUGGUGGUUUUAAGAGCGCCUAAGUCUUUAUCUGGUAUUUCUUGUGGUAAACAAUAAAAUGUAGUUUUCUGCUAUCCCAUUCACAGAAGUCUGUUUCCUAGCCGUAUAAAGCACAUUGCUAGUUAGGCCUCUUAGAGAGAGGUACUAUCAGUGUCAGUAGAAAUCUACAUGCAUUUUCAUAUCAGAAAAAAAAACUGAAACUCAUCACGUGGUGUCUAUUGGUGACUCUUCUCGUUCUAAAUUUUGCUGUGAAACGAGCAUGUCAAAGACUAGUUCAGCGGGCACAUGUUGGCGGUGGAAGUGGCUAGGCUACUAUAAGGAGUAGGCAUUAGGGUUUUGGCAGGGUGCAGUGACUUCAUUAUUUUAGAUAGCUAUGGUGCUAGAGGAUGAACCUGGAACAUGUUACUACAAUUAAUCUGGUACUGUACUUAGAUAAUAAUACUUGAUACAUGUCGUCAACUAAACUUUGCACUAUUUGUUUUGUUUCUGGACAUACAGAAGCAAAAAGGGAACGUGAAGCUAGUUUCAUGUUAUCCGAAAUGAAAGAAACUUCUGAUAGUCACAUUAUAAGCCCUUUAAAAUUUCAGUUAUACAACAAAUUGAGUUUCUUCCCUCUUGGAUUUCAACUUUUCUUUCCUUUUGACAGGGUAAUCAGUUUCAGAAUAUCUAAAUGUUGACCAAUUCGAUUAACCUCUACAUGGAGAAAUUCACACAAGUUAAACUGUUUGUUUACUGCCAUGUAAAUGCCUACUAGACAUACUUCCGUGCAGGAUAAAAAUAACUUUAGUGUUUAGUUAUUUUCUUUUGUGCUCACUUUCAUUGAUUUAAACCUGUGGAGUUCCACUAACAAUGGCUUAUUUUUGCAGUGGUGUUUUAUUUGAUUUUGUUUUCCAUUUUAGGUAGUGAAUUAUGAAACCACUGGUACGUGGUGUUUU